GACGACAAGCGACGCGAAGCAAAAUGGACAUCCUGGCAACGACGACUGAGCGGUUGACCGAAACGCUGGCGGCCGGCGCGAACGGAACACUAACGCUAAACCCCUUCCAAGAUGGCGGCGACGAUCACGCAGAGGAAGACGAUACGCCAACGAUCGCCAAAGUGACCUCGAUGGUGGUACUGUUCAGUGUCAGCAUGGUGUGUGGCCUUGUACCGUUUAAGCUGGUGCGCUGGUUUAAUCUCAAUCCAGCAUCCCCGUCCGGUGGUACGCAUUUGUUCCUGAUACGACUGCUACUGUCGUUCGGUGGUGGCGCACUGCUCAGUACCACCUUCCUACAUCUGCUGCCCGAGAUUAACCACUCGAUAGAAGAGUUGGUAGAAACCGGUGCCCUACCUGAGCCGGACGAUCUUCCCUUCCCGCUGGGUGAAUUUCUGCUCACGAGUGGAUUCUUCAUGAUCUAUCUUACCGAAGAGUUGGUCCACUGGUGGAUGCAUCGACGUUCGGCAAAUGCGCGUGCUGCCAGCAAUGUGGAGAAGCCUGUCGACACGAUCGCAAUCGAUGAAGCUCACUCGAAGGGUCACGAACUUUCGCAUGGACAUUCGCAUCUGCCGGUCGGUAACGUUACCGCCGUCUAUCCGAUCACCGAUAUCGAUGGCACACCGACCGUACCGAGUGCGGUGCCAGCGCCGGCAGUGGCCAGCGCGAACGGACCACUCCGUGGAUUGCUAAUUGUACUUGCCCUCUCCAUACACGAACUGUUCGAAGGGUUGGCGGUCGGUUUGGAACGAUCCCCAUCCGCCGUUUGGCUGCUGUUUGGGGCCGUUGCUUCGCACAAGUUUGUGAUUGCGUUCUGUGUGGCGUUUGAGCUCUUAGUGGCGGCGGUCCAGUUCCGUAUUGCCGUGGCGUACAUCUUUGUCUACUCGGUCGUGAGUCCGGUCGGUAUCGGUAUCGGUAUUGCGCUCAGCUCGGUCAACUCUGAUACGAACCAAACGAUUGAAGUUGUGUCGGUGGUACUGCAGGGACUUGCGAGCGGUACGCUGAUCUACGUCAUUUUCUUCGAGAUUCUGGCGAAGGAUGCGGGACACAGUCACGGUGGCGGUGAUGAAGGUGGAAAGGGGCACGCUGAUGAUCAUCAUCAUACCGUAUCGCCCACGAACGGGCUGUGGCAGUUCUUGGCUGUACUGGCCGGAUUUGGUCUGCUGCUUGGCAUCAAAGCCGCAACCGGACACAGCCAUGGCCAUAGUCACGGAGCAGGUGAUGAUCAUGACGAUCACGAUCAUGACCACUGA